UUCCACAGCCACCCCCGGAGAAACCUCCCAAACUCCGGGGACCUCCGCAGAGUCCCCUGCCACGGAGGGGGGCAGGGGACAGGGUGGGACAGCAUGAUUUCUCCGCCCACAUCGCACCCCCACGACCUGUGGUGUCCAAGUUCCCCUUCUGUGCCAGGCCACAGCUGCCUGUCACUCUGUCACCCUCUGGCUUCCUGUUGGGGCCUCCCGGGUCCCUCCCCACAUUCAGGGCGUUCCUGUCCCUGACAGAGGGGCCUGGACUGGGCCCUGCCCUGGCCGAGGCGGACAUGGUGCCCCUGCUGCUGCUGCUGCUGCUCCUGCUGUGGGGGGGGUCCCUGCAGCAGGAUCAAGGUUUCUGGCUCCAAGUGCAGGAAUCCGUGGCGGUGCAGGAGUGCCUGGGUGUCCAUGUGACCUGCUCCUUCUCCUUCUCCUGGAGUUACUGGUCUUCCCCUGGGCAACUCUUCAUCUACUGGUUCCGGGAAGGGGAUAACACCCUCGUCGGUGAGCCUGUGGCCACAAACAACCCACACAGACCAGUGAACCCACAGACUCGGGACCGAUUCCAACUCUCUGGGGAUCCCCAGAACAAGGACUGCUCCCUGAGCAUCAGAGACGCCAGGAUGAGUGACACGGGGGUCUACGUCCUCCGGCUGGAGGAAGGAAACAGAGUAAAACACACUUACACAGAUAAGAAGCUGAAGGUGCAGGUGACAGCCCUGACAGAGAAACCCGACAUCCACUUUCUGGAGCCUCUGGAGUCUGGCCGCCCCACAAACCUGACCUGCUCUCUGCCGCCAGUCUGUGAUGGGGGAAGGCUUGUCCAUUUCUCCUGGGCGGGGGCCGCCCUUGAUGCUGUGGACCCAGAGGCCCUUGGCUCCUCGGUGCUCACCCUCACCCCGAGACCCCAGGACCAUGGCACCAACCUCACCUGUCAGGUGAAACUCCAAGGAGCUCAGGUGACCACGGAGAGAACCAUCCAGCUCAAUGUCUCCUACGCUCCGUGGAAUCUCACCAUCAAUGUCUCCUUCAGAAAUGUCACAGUCCUCAAGAUUCUGCAAAACACCUCGUCCCUCCUCAUCCUGGAGGACCAGGCUCUGCAGCUGCUCUGUGUGGCCGACGGCAACCCCCCUGCACAGCUGAGAUGGUUCCGGGGGUCCCCAGCUCCGAAGGCCACCCCCAUCUCCAGCACCGUGAUCCUGGAGCUGCCAGGCGUGGGGCCGGCGCCAGGAGAAGUCACUUGUCAGGCUCAGAACCGACUGGGCUCCCAAAGUCUCUCUCUGAGCCUCUUGGUGGUCUCCCCCCCGCAGCUGCUGGGUCCCUCCUGCUCCUGGGAGGACAGGGGUCUCCACUGCAGCUGCUCCUCCCGAGCCCAGCCCGCCCCCUCCCUGCGCUGGCGGCUGGGGGAGGGGCUGCUGAACGCGAACUUCAGCAAUGCCUCGGUCAAGGUCACCUACAGCUCCACCGGGCCCUGGGCCAACAGCUCCCUGAGCCUCCGCGAGGGGCUCAGCUCCAGCCUCAGACUCAGCUGCGAGGCCCAGAACGUCCACGGGGCCCAGGGCGCCACUGUCCUGCUGCUGCCAGGAACAUCCGGGUCCCUGACAGGAGCGGUUCCUGGAGCGCUUGGAGGUGCUGGUGCCAUGGCCGUGCUGUCCCUCUGCUUAUGCCUUAUCUUCUUUUGCCUAGUCAAACGCCGCAGAAGGCAGGCAGCACGAACACCCAAGGGCAUGGAUGAUGAAGACCCCGUCAUGGGUACCGUGGCCUGGGGUUCCAGGCAAAAGCCCCGGCCAGACAGCCCCGCAGACCAAGCGCCGUCCCCUGCAGAGGAUGCUGAGCCCCCGGGGGAGCAAGAGGAGCUCCAUUACGCCUCCCUCAGUUUUCAGGAGAUGAAGUCGCGGGAGCCUGGGGACCAGAAGGCCACCAGCACCGAGUACUCAGAGAUCAGAAAAAGCAAAUGAGGACUCGCUGGAGCUUGGUCCUGGCCGGAGGCAUCACAGACUUUGCGGGAAGAAAAGAGAAGGCAGGGACUAGUGGAUGAAACCUUUGUGGCAAUCUUAGCAUUACCUCCUAUGUGAGUGUCCCCAGCAAGAGCAGAGAGAAGACAGGUGAUGGGAUUUGAGAGAUGGGGGCUCAGAAGCAGGUUCCAGGCCUUUUUAAGGCACUGCUAACGAGCAGUUCAGGUCAUCUCUCUGUGCCUCAGUCUUCCAUUCUGUAAAUCAGAAAUCAUAUGUCCUACCUCAGAGUUGGGUGAGCAUUAAAGAGAGAACACAUACAAAUCCCAACAAAGCUCCCUUCCCACGGUGUGUGCUUAGCGCCUGCUGGUUUAUCUUCCUGGAACAGAAAGAUCCUCCUGGGAGGUUCUCCUGAGGCUGAAGGCGACUAGCGCUGACCUGAGACAGAGAGACGGGCAGAUAUUUCCCCAGCAGAGAUGGGGUUUUUUAUUCAGGAUCAGCCUAGAAUUGCAUCUCACGGUCAGCAACCAGGGCCGGCCAUGUGCAAGCUCAUGCAUGGUGAAGGGAGGAGACCGCUUUUAUAGAGGGGAUAAGGAAGCUGAGCGCCAUAGUAAAUGUGUCUGUGGCUUUUCA